UCAAUAUCACUAGUUAAUUAACAAAGACCAUACUUUUGAAUAUGUUGUUCAAAUCCAAGAGGAAGAAGUAGAUGUUAAUGUAUGAAGUGCUAGUAUAUCUUUGAGAGGAAAGGGAUUUUGCUUUUUUAUUGGGAUAAUCUAUGGGAAGUUAUCUUCUGUUUUGAAUGUUGAUCGACCAUUCUUUAUCUAGUUGCUCCAAAAAUUAUAGGUUGAACCAAAUGAAUAAGCAUAAAGCUUGACCAGUCCACAUAAGUGAGGCUUCUAUUUGCCAAAAGAUGAGGAGUAUUAAUUGUUAACAUUGUCUGAAAAUAGUGAGAGCCUUUGAGCUUAGGAUAGUAAGUAUUGUCUUCAACUAUCCUAAGAGCUAGUUCUCGGUUAAUUUCAAACCACUGAGAGCCUUUUCGCCAGUCACUCAUGUUGAUUUCAAAUUAUUUUGUUUGUUAUUAGAAGCAUAUUCCCCCAAUGAGUCAGAAAAGUGUACAAAACCUAUUAAAACAUGCACACCUCACUGAAAAAUGAUACAAUAAACAAACAAUUUAUAAAGACUAAGGAUAAGAUCAUGAACAAAGCAUGAGCCAGAAACCCAAGGAUCAAGAGGGAAUAAAGGAUCAUCAAGAAACAAUAUGGAGUUGCUUCCAUUUCAAGAAGAUUGAUUUCUUCUUUCUUUGGCUUUGUUCAUCUAAUAUCAAUAAUAUUAGGAUCCAUAAUCAAUUUCCAUUCAAUCAUAUAGUGUAUUGAAUAAAAACUAACCCGAUAAAAGCCUAACAUGUGUAGCCUUUCUUGAUAUGCCUUUCUUGAAAGCUUGACAGCUUGCGUGACUUUCAGUCAAUGAAAUUUGCGUUAGACCAAUGAAAUUUGAGUGAAUGAAAUGGGUGAUUGAAUUUGUGUCACUCAUUUGCAAAUCAUGGUUAGGACCAGAGGAUUAGGUCGUGCCUUAGGUCAGGUUACUGGCAGAGGUGUGGGCAGAGGAAAUCGUGAUGAUUUCGAUGAUAUUCCGCAGCGUCGACAGCCUACUGCAUCCGCACGGAGGCAGCGAGUCGCUGUGACUGCGGAUUACGUCGAUGAGCCGGUCAUCCCUACGCCAGAUGUUCAGGAUGAUUCGAUGGAGGCACCAGUUGAUGUUCAGGACGACCCGAUGGAGCCAGGAGCAUCAUCGACAUCUGCGGAGGAGUCCAGACAUGCAGUGGAAGUUUGUGAUGACAUUGCUGAGAGGUUGGAGCGCCAUCUGAGUCUAGGGGUGGUCACGCCUAGCUCAUCGACACAUGAGGUGAUCGAAGAAUGCCUCAGAUUGGUCAGGAGUGUGACACAUGACCAUCUAGUAUACGUUAGGUGUAGACGUAGGCGACGCACUGAUCAGGCGUAGUUUAUGUACAUAUUUUAUAUUGAUAUUCCUUGUAUAUACAGAUAUUGUACAUGAACUUAUUUCAUGAGUAUUGUUGGUUUUAUUUAUUUUCA